AAAUGUGAACCGGAAGUUCUCUCAUUUUAUCUGAAGAACGGAGUCUGCUUGUUUUUCCCAUGAUGUCUGUCUGAGGACCAAAACCAUCAACCGAACCCGUAUUUCCAGGAGGAAACAGAGCUUUGACCGCACACCAAGAGACCUGGGAGCCAUUUUUAUAAAUAUUACAUGUAGUCGGUGAAAAUAUUGAACUGAAUCCGGGUUUUCGGUUCUUAAAGAAGCUCUGCGGUGCUUUUACACACUGGAAGCUAACCUAGCGUUAGCUGCUGACCUAACAGUGAUAACGUUGGACUUGUCAACAAUACCUAAGAAGACAGCAGCUGAUCUGCUGGAGCAGACGACGGCAGCAGUGGUUGCAGGGGUCUGAGUGUCCCUCUUCACCAUCGGGCCCUGAGAUGACAUCACAGCAGCCACAGCUCCCCAAUGCUGUAAUUCCUCCCCAGCUAGCCCAGAACUCCUCUGCUCAGCAAGCCCGGCCUCACAUUCAGGCCAAUCAGCUGGACUCGAGUCAGAACGGUGCGACCGCUGGGCCAGUGGACCACAGAGCUUUAACAGGGAGGCCGGGCUGCUCCGGUGUGGCAGCAAACAGCGGGGAGGUGGCCAACAGGAACGCCUCUGCAUCCUGCAGUAACUCCAGCUCGUCUAGGAGGGAUGGAGGCUUUGAGCCGUGGCCUGAGGAAGCUGUGGACAACUCCCACGGUCUGUACUCACUCCACCGUAUGUUUGAUAUAGUUGGAGCCCAGCUAACGCACCGGGAUGUCAGAGUACUGUCGUUCCUGUUUGUGGAUGUGAUUGACGAGUAUGAGCGCGGUGGCAUCAGGAGUGGAAGGGAUUUCCUGCUGGCUUUGGAGCGCCAGGGUCGCUGUGACGAGACCAACUUCAGACACGUUCUCCAGCUUUUAAGGAUCAUCACCCGACACGACCUUUUGCCUUAUGUCACCCUCAGGAAACGGCAGGCUGUGUGUCCAGACCCUGUUGAUAAAUACCUGGAAGAGACAUCAGUGCGCUACAUUUCACCCCGGGGAGCAGUGCAGAACAAGGACACUGCACCUAACAGGAGAUCAGGUCCUCAGCCAGUCCUCUGCUGCUCCCCAUCUGGACCUCAUGUUGGCCCUCCCCGGACAAAGCCGACCCCUCCCGCAUCGAGUCGCAAACGGAGGAGAAGUCAUUCCUCAGCUGACUGCAGAGAGAAGCAGACAUGUGAUAUCCGCCUCCGUGUUCGUGCUGAAUACUGCCAGCACGAGUCUGCGCUUCAGGGGAACGUCUUCUCCAACAAACAGGAGGCAGUGGAGCGACAGUUUGAGCGCUUUAACCAGGCAAACACCAUCCUCAAAUCCCGAGACCUGGGCUCCAUCAUCUGUGACAUCAAGUUCUCUGAGCUCACCUACCUGGAUGCCUUCUGGAGGGACUACAUCAACGGAUCUUUGUUAGAGGCCCUGAAAGGGGUCUUCAUCACAGAUUCCUUAAAACAGGCGGUGGGCCACGAAGCUAUUAAACUGUUGGUCAAUGUAGACGAGGAGGACUACCAGGCCGGACGACGCAAACUGCUCCGUAAUUUGGUGUCGAGUGGAGGGAGCCCGGCAGGAGGGAGCAAAGACUCGGUAUCUUAGACUCCAGGUGUUCGCAUACAGCUGCUGUGCCUCCUGAUAGAGAACAGAGAGACAUGGACAUGUCGUUUGAGGUGCCUGAAGUGCGUGCCUGAAAGGAAAUAAAAGAACUUCAAGCCACCAUGUUGAUACCUUGAGUGAGGUGAUAGGAAAUCUCCUGGGCGUCCUGAAGCGUAGCAUGCGAGGUGAUUGGGAACUAUGUAAGCAACGAGAAAUAGGUGAUGCAGAAACAGGUUGACAUUAUUCUGAAUGUUAAGCUGUUUGUUUUCUUCAAGGAGGAGGAUCCUGAUUCAUGCUUGUAUUGAAUUUAAUUUCUUGUUUCAUGUAUGUAAGCUCAUUGAAACACGUUAACUCUAAUGAUACUCUUCACCCUGAUCAAAAGUCAUUUUCAACGCAGGAAACGCGCUUAACGCUGAUGUGUUACUCCCAGUGGGAGUUGUACUUUAUUGCCAAACUGGUUCAUCUUUUUUUCAGGUACUUAUGGUCAAUUGGAUAAACCCAAUGAGAGUGUUCUGUAUGUUAUAGAAAGGCAAAGACUGUAUCGAUUUAUAAUUUGGUUUUCUAUUUCUUCUAGCUUAUUAUCCCCUCUUUGCAGAAUUUCCUCGUCUGUAGAGCUGAACCCUCUCAGAGCCUUUUUAUCGGCUCAAACUGUUGUCUUUACUGUGCGUUCGCUUUGUUUUAACUCAUUCUUUGUUUUACAAAAAUGGCUCUUUAGCAGCA